AUGCAGGCCUCGAGGCGCAGGUCUGCAAGGCAGCGAACGGGUGUGACUGUAAAGAGGGAAACGGACGAAGUGGUUGCGAAGGGGGAGUUAGAGGAGGUGAUUGUAACGCAACAAGCAGGCGCUGUGGUUGUGAAGCGAGAGUCUGAUGAUGGGACUGCAACGAGCGGCGGUGGUGUGAUUGUAACGAGAGGCGGUGAAGGGGGUGAGUUGACUGUAAAGAAGGAGGCGGAGGAUGUGAUUGUGAAGAGAGAGGAUCUGGGCGACAUGGCAGGCAGAGAAGCACGUGGACCCGAGGCUGAUGGAAUGGCUGUAGCCGGGGCGGAAGGCAUGGCUUUAACCAAAGCUGAAGGUUUGGCUUUGACCGAGGCUGAUGGCAUGGCUGUUGCCAAGACUGAUGGAACGGCAGUAGCCGAGACUCAAGGAAUGGCUGUAACCGAGGCUGCUUGGGGUGGUGGCAGGGGCAGGAGGAAACGAAGACAACCAGCAGGGAGAGACGCAGAUAGCAGAGCUGGGGAUGAAAUAGUUGUCGCCGGGCAGCCGAAAAGAUUCUCCGGUGGGCAGGCAAAAAGGGCGGGAGUGGGGAGGUGGCAGGAGGUGGUGGGUGCGAUCAAGGAGAUGCGGAGUGGGGGAGACGCGCCUGUUGAUACCAUGGGGUGUGAGAAGGCAGGGCAGGGCAUGGGGGAGAAGGUGGGUCAAGGCACCGGGGAUGUGGGAGAAGGAAUGGUUCUCACUCUCUCUUUGCAUCGCUCUCACAUCCUUUUCCCACCCUCCCCUCUCCUCCCUCCCCUUGCUUCCUCCUCCCUCGUCCCCUUACACUCUCGCCCUCGCCUUUCUCUCCUAUCCCAUCGCCCGUCUCUCCUCUUCCCCCGCUCCUGCGAGCAGCAGCGGCGCUUUGCAGUGCUGGUGUCGGCGAUGCUCUCCUCGCAGACCAAGGAUCCUGUCACUCACGGUGCGUGCAGCAAGGGUACUGCAGGGGCGUGUGCUGCACUGUGCGUCCCUUUGUCCCUCUCUCAUCCCUCCAGCACCUCCGUUUCUUUCCAAUCCGAAUUCCUCCUUCCCCUCCUCCCCUCUCCCCUCCCAACCACCACCAGGCACAGUGGCACGGCUGCACGCAGCAGGGCUGCUGUCAGCAGUGCUGAGUCGACUCAACAUAUUGUUCUUGUUCUCCCAACCACCACUCCACCUCCAGGCGCAGUGGCACAGCUGCACGCAGCAGGGCUGCUGUCGCCUGAAGCACUGAAGGCAGCAGAGGAAACUACCGUCAGCCAAACCAUCUAUCCGGUGGGCUUUUAUGUGCGCAAGGCGGGGUACCUGAAGAAAAUGGCCAAUAUCUGCCUGGAGAAGCACGGGGGAGACAUCCCGGGCAGCCUGGAAGAUUUGCUUGCGCUGCCCGGCGUCGGGCCUAAGAUGGCCUACUUGGUGAUGAACGUGGCAUGGGAGCGAGUGGAGGGCAUAUGUGUGGACACUCACGUGCACAGGAUAGCUCGGCGCCUGGGGUGGACGGACGCCAAGGCAAAGACACCAGAGGACACGCGGCGAGCGCUUGAGCAGCUGCUACCCAAGGACGAGUGGAUGGGCAUCAACCCGCUCCUAGUGGGCUUCGGCCAAACCACCUGCCUGCCCAUCGGCCCCCGCUGCUCCUCCUGCCUCCUCGCUUCCCUCUCGCUCUGCCCCUCUGCCUCUCUCUCUCGCCUCCCGGCCCCUCGUCCUCGUCCUCCUCCUCCUCCUCCUCCUCCUCUCCCUCUCCCUCCAAGCACAACCGCACCAGAGACGUCGACACCCGAUGCCCUGUCGCAUCUCACCACCGGACCCAAUGCGGACCCACUCACAGUGGGCCUGGUAAGCAUGGUGAUGCCUCAAGGGAAGACGGUGAAAAUGGUGGAGAGGGUGGUGAUGCCACAAGGAGAGACGGUGAAAAUGGUGGAGAGGGUGGGGAGAGCGGAGAAUGCAGAAAGAGCAGAGAGGGUGGAGAGGAAGCAGAGGAAGCAGCGCCAGCAGGGGCAGAGGCAGGCCCCAGGCGCAGCCCUCGCUUUUCCAGAGGCCGAAAAGCUGUCUUGUGAGUGGUGCAAAGUGGUGGGGACAUUUAGUGGGGGGGGAGGUUCGGAAGCCAGAUUUGGGUGUUCAUGA